CUCACGCGCGCUGAUCCCUCCGCGGAGUCGCCCGAGGUCACAGCCCUGCCCUCCCACACAAAGCCCCUCAAUCUCUGGACGCCACCGUGAAACAACUCCGUGAGAGAGACGAUGCAGAUCUUUGUGAAAACCUUAACUGGUAAGACCAUCACCCUGGAGGUCGAGCCCAGUGACACCAUUGAGAAUGUCAAGGCAAAGAUCCAGGACAAGGAGGGCAUCCCCCCUGACCAGCAGAGGCUGAUCUUUGCAGGCAAGCAGCUGGAAGAUGGCCGCACCCUGUCAGACUACAACAUCCAGAAAGAGUCCACCCUGCACCUGGUCCUUCGCCUCAGAGGUGGCAUGCAGAUCUUUGUGAAGACCCUGACAGGCAAGACCAUCACCCUGGAGGUCGAGCCCAGUGACACCAUAGAGAAUGUCAAGGCAAAGAUCCAGGACAAGGAGGGCAUCCCCCCUGACCAGCAGAGGCUGAUCUUUGCAGGCAAGCAGCUGGAAGAUGGCCGCACCCUGUCAGACUACAACAUCCAGAAAGAGUCCACCCUGCACCUGGUCCUUCGCCUCAGAGGUGGGAUGCAGAUCUUUGUGAAGACCCUGACAGGCAAGACCAUCACCCUGGAGGUCGAGCCCAGUGACACCAUAGAGAAUGUCAAGGCAAAGAUCCAGGACAAGGAGGGCAUCCCCCCUGACCAGCAGAGGCUGAUCUUUGCAGGCAAGCAGCUGGAAGAUGGCCGCACCCUGUCAGACUACAACAUCCAGAAAGAGUCCACCCUGCACCUGGUCCUUCGCCUCAGAGGUGGCAUGCAGAUCUUUGUGAAGACCCUGACAGGCAAGACCAUCACCCUGGAGGUCGAGCCCAGUGACACCAUUGAGAAUGUCAAGGCAAAGAUCCAGGACAAGGAGGGCAUCCCCCCUGACCAGCAGAGGCUGAUCUUUGCAGGCAAGCAGCUGGAAGAUGGCCGCACCCUGUCAGACUACAACAUCCAGAAAGAGUCCACCCUGCACUUAGUCCUUCGCCUCAGAGGUGGGAUGCAGAUCUUUGUGAAGACCCUGACAGGCAAAACCAUCACCCUGGAGGUCGAGCCCAGUGACACCAUUGAGAAUGUCAAGGCAAAGAUCCAGGACAAGGAGGGCAUCCCCCCUGACCAGCAGAGGCUGAUCUUUGCAGGCAAGCAGCUGGAAGAUGGCCGCACCCUGUCAGACUACAACAUCCAGAAAGAGUCCACCCUGCACCUGGUCCUUCGCCUCAGAGGUGGGAUGCAGAUCUUUGUGAAGACCCUGACAGGCAAGACCAUCACCCUGGAGGUCGAGCCCAGUGACACCAUAGAGAAUGUCAAGGCAAAGAUCCAGGACAAGGAGGGCAUCCCCCCUGACCAGCAGAGGCUGAUCUUUGCAGGCAAGCAGCUGGAAGAUGGCCGCACCCUGUCAGACUACAACAUCCAGAAAGAGUCCACCCUGCACCUGGUCCUUCGCCUCAGAGGUGGCAUGCAGAUCUUUGUGAAGACCCUGACAGGCAAGACCAUCACCCUGGAGGUCGAGCCCAGUGACACCAUAGAGAAUGUCAAGGCAAAGAUCCAGGACAAGGAGGGCAUCCCCCCUGACCAGCAGAGGCUGAUCUUUGCAGGCAAGCAGCUGGAAGAUGGCCGCACCCUGUCAGACUACAACAUCCAGAAAGAGUCCACCCUGCACCUGGUCCUUCGCCUCAGAGGUGGGAUGCAGAUCUUUGUGAAGACCCUGACAGGCAAGACCAUCACCCUGGAGGUCGAGCCCAGUGACACCAUAGAGAAUGUCAAGGCAAAGAUCCAGGACAAGGAGGGCAUCCCCCCUGACCAGCAGAGGCUGAUCUUUGCAGGCAAGCAGCUGGAAGAUGGCCGCACCCUGUCAGACUACAACAUCCAGAAAGAGUCCACCCUGCACCUGGUCCUUCGCCUCAGAGGUGGCAUGCAGAUCUUUGUGAAGACCCUGACAGGCAAGACCAUCACCCUGGAGGUCGAGCCCAGUGACACCAUAGAGAAUGUCAAGGCAAAGAUCCAGGACAAGGAGGGCAUCCCCCCUGACCAGCAGAGGCUGAUCUUUGCAGGCAAGCAGCUGGAAGAUGGCCGCACCCUGUCAGACUACAACAUCCAGAAAGAGUCCACCCUGCACCUGGUCCUUCGCCUCAGAGGUGGCAUGCAGAUCUUUGUGAAGACCCUGACAGGCAAGACCAUCACCCUGGACGUCGAGCCCAGUGUUACCACCAAGAAGGUCAAACAGGAAGACAGACGUACCUUCCUCACCACAGUAUCUAAAAAGAGCCCUCCUUGUGCUUGUUCUUGGGUGUGAUGGGGGAGGUGUCUUAGUUUUCCCUAUCUUUUAAGCUGUUAACAAGUUUCAUUGCACUUUGAAUAAAGUUCUUGCAUUCCAAAAAAUCUUCA